AUGUCUUCUACUGUCAUCAGUCUAGACCCCGCACCGGAGAUUCAAUCCUGUGAAUUCGAGAAAAGAAACAGAAAGCGGCAUGAAAGGACCGCCGUUCAUAGGGCGCAGCUCAAGUUCUACAACCUACCUCAACCCGAGGAGGAUAAUGAUCCGAACCCACAUAAUCCAGGGGGGUCAAAGAAUUCUGAAUCUACGGAUCUCAAUGCAUGA